AUGGUGGAAACCAAGCAGCAUGCUAAACCGCAAUGGAAUGUUCAGCCUUCAGACUUCUCCAAACUGUGCACGAACCCGAUUCGCAAGAUUGUGGACAACAUCAAGAAACCCGCGACGUCGACCAAGACCCUGAUCCGGCUGUCACUCGCCGGAGAACAAGUGGAGGUCGAUUUUGAGCACAUGCAAUCGUUGAUAGACGGCAACACCAAGGCAAUUCUCGUGAACAAUCCGUCCAAUCCCUGUGGUAGUGUGUUCUCAAAGCCCCACCUAGAAAAAAUUCUCGAGCUAGCAGAGCUGAACAAGAUUCCUAUCAUCGCGGAUGAGAUCUACGGGGACAUGGUAUUCGGCUGCAACGUAUUUUUCCCCAUGGCGACACUGACGAAGACUGUCUCCGUGGUGACUGUGGGUGGGUUGGCCAAGCAGUUCCUGAUCCCUGGUUGGAGAGUAGGUUGGGUCAUCGUGAACGACCGCAACAACAUCUUGGAAGACUUCAUCGUGGCUUUGCUCACCGCGGAGCUCACCAGUGUCGAUUGCCAGAGCGCCAUUCCAGACUUGCUGACACCUGUACCCGGCAGCGCCGAGGCGCAGUCGCUGACGGACUUUAAGAAACGGUACUUUGCAACCCUGGAGGAUAACGCCAACUUCACCGUCGACGCUAUCAGUGAGAUCCCGGGUCUCGAAGUGGUGGUGCCUCAGGGUGCGAUGUACGCGAUGGUGAAGCUGCACGUCGACAUACUGGCGGAGAUCAAGGACGACUUGGACUUCACGCAGAAACUGCUGGACGAGGAGGCUGUCUUCGUGCUGCCCGGUCAGUGCUUUGGAAUGCACAACUACUUCCGCAUCGUGCUCUCGGCUCCGCACGAGGUACUGGUGGACGCCUUCGCACGCCUCGCUGACUUCUGCCGACGCCACCAGUACACUGAAUGA